UCUAUUUGCCCAGUUCACAGUGCUGGAACUCAGUGUCACGUUGGCUGCACUGGUCGUGGGGAGAUGGUGAGAAAGUGGAUCUGGGCCACCCUGGUCGUCCACCUCCUGCUGUUGCUUUCAAUAGCAGCUCGGACUCAUACGGACACAGGCAUUAGGUGUCACCGUGCUCAUGAAGCAUCUUGUCCAUGGUUCUUGUUUCGGCCACCCCUGGAAGGAACUCAUCUGAGGACACGGCGUGCUGUCACUGCCCCGGGCAAGAUCUCCUGUGAACUCUCCCCCUGGGGUCCGUGGACACCCUGUCAGCCCUGCAGGGGUAUCAAGUACCGGUCAAGGAGCAUAAUCCAGUUUGGGCAGUUCGGUGGCAGGACGUGUACUGACAUCCUGUCCGAGGAGCGGCCGUGUCCCGUCACGGGCAACUGCGAGGAGGAGCCCGUCAACUGUGGAACUAACGUCCAGUGCCAAGACGGGCACUGUAUCAACAGGAGACUGAAGUGUAACGAUGAUGACGACUGCGGUGACUUCAGUGACGAGGAUGAUUGCGAGGACACCCGCUCACCUUGUAGGAGGCAGGUGGAACCCUUGGAAAUGGCACACAUUGCUGGUUCUGGGGCCAAUAUCCUGGGGAUGGAGCCUUUGAGAAACCCUUUCAACAACAACCUCUACAAUGGGAUAUGCAACACGGUUUACGACGGCAUCGAGAGGGUCCGCGUCCGUAUCCCCUGGAACAUCAACGCAUUCCGCUACCAGACAUACGCCCGGCAGCAGUUCACCACCGAGAUGUACGAAAGCUCUAGCGAAGUCGUCAAGAAGUUCUUCAAGGAGAUCACCAGCAAAUUCAACGCGGGGUUCUCACUGAAAAUAAACACGAAGGUGAACUUCUCAGCUGGGUUGCACAUCAGCGCCAACUUCAGCAAAAGCUUCGAGAAACUGCUGACUCACAAAGAGUUCCAGAAUAAUGAUUACUUCCUGGUCAAAGGCCAAAUGGAGUUGGCACAGUUCACCAUGCGCAGUCAACGCUACAAGCUCGAGCCAGACUUUGUAUUUGAACUGAAGGGACUCCCGACAGAAUAUGACAAGGGUGCAUAUUUUAAAAUUCUGGAAGACUACGGCACGCACUACACCUCAUCGGGGGCCCUCGGCGGUCAAUAUCAACUGGUCUACGUGUUGGAUAAGUCUCAAAUGGCCAGAAAGGAAAUCACAACAGAUAUGUUGAAGAUGUGCCUGGGAUUUGAUGCGCAUUUCAACCUCCAAAAGGACGUCACCAAAAAACAAAACCGUGAAAGUGAUGGAUUCUCAAGCAACAUCAAUGCUGAAACCUGUGCAGUUGUCAGGAAAGAAAUAACAACUAUAGGCCAGGAACUUUCCCUCAUCAAAGAUGUGGUGUCCUUUGUGUAUGGGGGGGAUGUUUCGUUCCUGGCCAAGUUCAAUGCGAUGCUCUCCGAGGGAAAGAAAGUGAUUGAUGCCUCCCUCUUCGUUGACUGGGCCGGUUCGCUCAAGAACUCACCUGUGCUGGUGAAACAGAAGCUGCUGCCCAUCUACAGCCUGGUGCCGCUGACUCUGAGGAACACCGUGGCCAUCCGCCACAACCUGGAGCGAGCCAUCAAUGACUACGAGGCCGAGUUCAGCGUCUGCAAGUGCCAGCCCUGCCGUAACGGUGGCACCGUAGCCCUGCUCAACGGGCAGUGCCUCUGCUUGUGCCCGCACGCCUACCGCGGGGACGCCUGUCACAUCCCCAAGGGCCAACGUUCACGGACCGGUGAGGCGCCCGGGGGACACGGAAAAGGCCGACCGAAUACACGGAUGGUGCCUGGAGCUGCUGGACAUCGUGGUCAGCCUGCGCUGACCGUCAGCGGACACGGACACGGCAGUGUCUGGGCCGGCAGGGAGCGGGAGCUGCAUGUCAGGGCGAGAGCAUGAGCCAGUCCUAUUGCUGAGGCAUUUACAGGACGAGUAGGAAGGAUGAUAGAAUUUACAAAAAUAUAUAUACAACAAUAUGCAAAAGAAGAUGAACUGUGAAAAUAAACAAAUAAUUUUGAGAACAUGAAUUGUAAAGAUUUUUGCUC